CAGUUCAAAGGCAGCAGUUCAACCCUAUAAAUCGGAAAAUUAGAGAGCGAAAAAUUAUUUUAAAAAAUGAAGUAUUAUUCUUUGCUUGUUUUCUGUGUAUGUGUUGUUGCCGUCUACGGUCAAACAUACCGUGGACUUGGUAGAAUAGUUCCGGGUCAAUAUAUUCUGGGCUUUGCGGAUAAUUCAACAACUGUAACAUCAACACCCGAUUCACAUUCUGUUACACUCAGUUUUCAAGCAAAUCCAGGAAUUGAUAUUACAUUCGUUCACAUUAAUUUUUUCCCGGAUUGGUCAUCUAUGGGUUACACACCUCCAGGACACAUUAAUUCAUUCAGUUUAAGCGUAAAUAUGCACGGUAUUACACAUCUUGGUGUCAAUAUUAUUGUUUACGGAGUUGAAGCCAGAUGUGUACUUCGAGAAAAUUCUAACGAAACCCCGAAGAUGGUAACUGUCACCAAUGUUCACAAUUCAAAUUAAGAAGAGAAUAAAAAAUCUAAAAUAAUUAUUAUAUUUGAAUUACUUGUAUUUACAAGAUCUUCAUGAACCUUUCGUAUUUAAUAAAUCCUUUGUUGAAAUUAAUAAAAU